AUGGAGCAAAGCCAGAGAUCAAUAGCAGCACCAACAACUACAACAUCGGCUGGAGCAGCCUCCUCACGCGGCUACCAACUCCACCCAGCUCGAGCUGCCAUUAUCGAUCUCUUCAAUCUCUACUUAGGCCGAAGCAGCCGCCAAAAACCUGAUGAUUCAAUUCGCGACCCACCGAACAAGACCCAAAAGCGUGUUCUUGCUCUUAAUAGAGAACUUCCUCCUCCGAAUGAGCAAUUCCUUUUAGAUUUCGAGCAACUUCAUACUCAAUUUCAGGAUCAAGAGCAAUUGCGUGCCGUUACAGAAUCUGUACUUAUAACUCUGGUUCUGCAAUGUAGUAAUCACGCCCCGCGUGCGGAAUUUCUCCUAUUUGCUUUACGGAGUUUAUGUAGUAUAGAAUACAUUAACUGGGAUAGUUUCUUGCCGACUCUUCUUUCUUCUGUAUCCACAACUGAAUUGUCGGUCGGCCAGGCAGGUCAAGCAGUGGCAGCUGUUUCAUCCACAAGUUUAUCCCAGAAUGGGAUGCUUCCUUCUUCAAGCACAAUCUCCAACUCUUCAAAUUUUCAGUCUUUGAAUCCUACAUCCCCGUUACCUUCUGUUCAUGGUAUUGGCUCUCCAGCUCCAUCGCUGAUGGAAGCUUCACCUUCCGUAGCUAUGUCUCCAGUUAAAUCAUCUGAUAUUUCUGGUAAUGGGCCACAAUCGUCAGCAAGGGUCAAUUUAUUGAUAAGGGAUAGUGCCAUGAGCAGUCUCCGCCAGCUAUGUUGCAAGAUUAUUUUAACUGGUCUCGAGUUUAAUUUGAAGCCAGUGACUCAUGCUGAUAUUUUCAACCAUAUGUUGAACUGGCUGGUUAACUGGGAUCAAAGACAACAUGGUGUUGAUGAAUCUGAUGGUGUGAAAUCCUGGAGACCUGACAAGGCUCUGAUUGAAUGGCUGCACAGUUGUUUGGAUGUGAUUUGGCUGCUAGUGGAUGAGGAUAAAUGCCGAGUGCCCUUCUAUGAAUUAUUGCGCAGUGGGUUGCAGUUUAUAGAGAACAUUCCUGAUGAUGAAGCCUUAUUUACACUUAUCUUGGAGAUUCAUCGGAGGCGAGAUAUGAUGGCCAUGCACAUGCAAAUGUUGGAUCAACACCUUCACUGCCCCACAUUUGGUACUCAUAGGGUUUUGUCUCCUACGAUUCCAAAUGUUUCAGUUGAAGCUGUAGCUAACUUGCGGUAUUCACCAAUCACAUAUCCAAGUGUGCUUGGAGAACCUUUGCAUGGAGAGGUGAUGGAUUUUUCUAAAAACUCAUUUGGAGAAAUGGAAAAACUAUGCCUCAUUCUAGUAAACUAG